AGUAUUCCAAAACUUGAAAUUACCAAAAACUUGUUUAACCGGAGAACAGAAAACGCAUUACUGCACUACUACAGCUAACCACCAGUAGGCCGCAAAGAUUCCACCACCGCCUCUACACUUCACAAACACCCUUUUCACUCCCGAUCCCAAGUUCAAACCAAAAGCUAGGGUUUCGAUCUGGAACCAUAACUAUGCAAAACUGGUUUUCCGGCAGCAGUGAUGAUACCCCCAAUUCACUACCUAAAUCAUUAUCGGCUCCAUCUUCAUCACUGUUAGCAGAUUGGAACUCUUAUUCCGCCACUAAAGGCUCCGAUGCAGGCUCCACCAGCUUCGUCGGUUCAUUUGAUAUCGAAUCGGCAGUUAGGUCCGCAAACGACACCGUUUCCGGCACCUUCAAUGUGGUAUCUAGGGGAGUGAGUAACAUACCAGGGAAUUUGCAGUCGGCUACCAGUAAUAUCCCUUCGGGGAAGUCGCUCAUGUAUUUUGGGCUUCUUCUUGCAUCUGGGGUGUUCUUUGUUUUUGUAGCGUUUACGGUUUUUCUACCUGUUAUAGUAAUUGUACCUCAAAAGUUUGCUCUCUGUUUUACCGUUGGAUGUGGGUUUAUAAUCGGGUCGUUCUUCAUGCUCAAAGGUCCGAAAAAUCAGUUUCUGCAUAUGACAUCGACUGAGAGACUUCCUUUCACUUUGGGAUUCAUAGGGAGCAUGGUUGGUACCAUUUAUGUUUCCAUGGUGCUUCAUAGCUAUAUCCUUUCUGUGUUCUUCGCUGUGAUUCAGGUUCUUGCCCUUGCUUACUACUGUAUAUCAUACUUUCCUGGUGGAUCGACAGGGUUGAAGUUUUUAACAUCUUCUUUGACUUCUUCGGUUAUGAAAUGCUUCGGGCGGUGACCCCCUUUACUUCUAUGAUACACUUCAACCAAAUUUGUUUAAGAGAUGAGUUCAGUUUUUCUUUAAGAUUUUGGCUUGUGGCAAACACUCAUUGAGAUUUGAUUGAUCAGCAUGUAAGAUAUGAACUGACUAUACCUUUAAUUUUUGUGGUUCAACCUUUUUUGUCUGUUAUAGGAUGAGUAAGCAGAUUUGUAUGAAAUGAUGUUCAUGGGUCUCACUUUUAACUUGGCUUA